UGGAAAGGAGCAGCGGGCGACACAGGUUUCAGUGGUGCACGUGGUGAAACAGGGCCUAAUGGACGACCAGGACCUAAAGGAGAACAAGGUGAUCAAGGAAUGGCUGGAGUACCAGGCCCGCAAGGAAGCCGGGGCAUGACCGGAAAUCCAGGAAUGAAAGGAUAUCCAGGUAUUCCUGGAAAUCCUGGUUACGACGGACCACCUGGUUUACCUGGACGAAGAGGAAACAAAGGUGCAACUGGAGAAUCAGGAAUACCUGGAAAGCCUGGAACUGCCGGACUGAAGGGAGCAUCCGGCGACUAUGGAUAUCCUGGUCCUAAUGGUCAAAGAGGAGAUGAUGGAUUUCCGGGUAGACCUGGUCAGGCUGGAAGUAAAGGCGAACCAGGUUUCCCCGGUAUGCCCGGUCGUAUGGGUCGUGAUGGACUUCCCGGAAUGCCCGGCAUUCCCGGAGACAAAGGAUACCCUGGACAGGCGGGAUUACCAGGCUAUGGAGCAGAAGGUGAUAUGGGUGAUCAGGGUGCACGAGGUUUUGAUGGCAGACCAGGCAGUCCUGGACCAAAAGGGCAACAAGGUGAUGACGGUAGGCCUGGCGUACCUGGACGGCAAGGAGACAUGGGCGAUGCAGGCGUAGCCGGUGAAAAAGGAGAACCAGGAAUUAUGGGAAUUCGAGGAAAACGCGGAAGAAAUGGUGCUCCCGGAAUGCCAGGCCCUAGAGGAGACGCAGGUUUUCCGGGGCGUCCGGGACCGGGAGGACCAGUUGGCUUUGAAGGCCCACCUGGGCAGCCUGGGUUGCCAGGCAUGCAUGGAUUACCUGGCGACAGAGGCUUGCCAGGAGUGCAGGGUAUGAGAGGCGAAGCAGGCCCUGAUGGAUUUCCUGGCAUGCCUGGAACUAAGGGCGCACAAGGUGACGUCGGACGUUCCGGUUUUCCGGGUAGUACAGGGCAGAAAGGUCAAUCCGGUGAUCAAGGGCCACCUGGACCUGCGUUCCCGUUUGCUUAUGAAAAAUAUGCUUUGAGAGGCGAGCCUGGUCCAGCUGGUCCUGCUGGUCCCGCAGGGCGGCCAGGCUUUCCUGGAAGACGAGGACUUCCUGGACCUUCAGGAUUAGCAGGAGAACGUGGCGAGCCGGGUCCUACUGGCGAAUUUGGACGGCCUGGGCCACCCGGUGCCCCUGGACCAGUUGGCGAUGCUGGACCAAAUGGACGAGCAGGAAGUCGAGGACAGCGUGGGCAAGCUGGCUAUCCAGGUAUUCCAGGUCCUAGAGGAAGACUUGGAGGAAGUCGCGGAUUUUACCUUGUUCGACAUUCGCAAACGAUUGAAAAUCCAAGAUGUCCGUCUGGAACUUCUCUUAUGUGGUACGGUUAUUCCCUUCUUUAUAUCCAAGGUGAUGGUAAAUCUGCUGGACAAGACCUUGGUUCUCCGGGCAGUUGUAUCAGAAAGUUUAGUACAAUGCCUUUUAUGCCUUGCAACCUAAACAGUGAAUGCCAUCUCGCGUCGAGAAGUGACUAUUCCUACUGGCUUUCAACCCCUGAACCAAUGACAGCUUCGAUGAGCGCAGUCGUAGGAAACGCUAUUCGUCCAUACAUUAGCCGUUGCGCAGUUUGUGAAACACCAACUCAGGUGCUGGCUGUCCACAGUCAGACGUCGACUGUUCCGGAAUGCCCACGAAACUGGUCCAGUCUGUGGACUGGAUACAGUUUCAUAAUGCACACAGCAGCUGGCGCCGAAGGAACCGGACAAUAUCUCCAAAGUCCUGGUUCAUGCUUGGAAGACUUCAGAGCAGUUCCGUUCAUAGAAUGCCACGGCAAAGGUACCUGCAAUUACUACGCGACCAAUCAUGCAUUCUGGUUGGCUAUUAUCGAGAGAGAGAACAUGUUCAGGAAACCGUAUCCUGAAACACUGAAGGCGGGUGGACUACGGCAAAGAAUUAGCAGGUGCCAAGUAUGCAUGAGGAAUGCUCCAACCAAUUGA